AUGGCACAGCCGUCGGAUCACCUUGCAGGCCUUGAACGACAGCGACUUAAGCUCGAAGAGAGCGUCUUGAAGCUUAGGAAAUGUCUCUACAGUUGGCGGUUAUCUUACGCGGAAUACGACGAGUUAAAACAUGACGUCACAGCAAUGGAGGAAAACUGUGCAAAUGAAGAUUUUAUCAGGAUCGGACGGGAAUUUGGAGGGUCUCUCGUCAACGAGAACGAAAUCAAAAUUUUGCUGGGAGUGAAGCAAGGCAUUACGAGAACGAAGCAACAAGUGGUGGACGCAAUAUCAAGGAGAAUGGACUACGUGCAGCAAAACAUCAAGGUAUUAGAGAAGCGCAUAUUAGUUUCUGAAAAGAAACUCGAUGCCAUGCUCACAGUCGAGCACCCUGGCGCCAUCAACGAAGAAGGUUUGCCCAUAACGGAUAUCGUGGAAGAGCUUGACGACGAUGGUAAUGUCAUAUUGAGUUCUACGACUACCCCUGACCAGGCUGCACCUGGUAUACUGGAGGUUUUAAAGAAAGCGGGUAUGGAUGAUCUUGCAAAAGACAAAAUUGGUGACAAACAGAAUGCUGGCUUGGACAAUUUUGAAAGAAAACUACAAAUUUUACCACAAAAGGCAGACGACUCUAAGGAUAUUGACAGUUCGGCACCAGCUCACACCACGCUGUCAUCCGAGGAUACUCCAAUAGAAAAACUAGAGACGUUUGCGUCAGUUGCUCAAGCCACUUCUACAUUGAGCUCUGCUACAGGCACUAUUGCUCCCUCGGCUUACACUAGACAGACAGCUCAAUCCGAAGACAACAACGACCCUUCAGCAUCUGGGACAUCUUCUAGUGAUGACGCGAGUUUGACAACAGAUAUAGAUGAGCCUCCAGAAGAUGCUGCUCUAAGAAGAGAAAUGCUGAAGUAUAGCCUUGAAGAAGUUAGUGCUGUCGUUGCAGAACUAGAGAUGGACGAGUCAGGGAGUGAAUUCUCAGUGGAAGAUGAAUAUUAUAUGAUGAGUGAUGACGAAGAUGACGAAGAGGAAGACGAACAUGGCCGAUCUACACGGAAGAUGAUCCACGAUGACUAUCGUCGCCAGAUGAUGGAGUUAGAGAAGAAGUUAAACGCUCGGAGUUUGGAGAAUAUCGGGCCUAAUCCCGACCAUCUUCCACCGGAGAUUAGAAACGAGCUUGAUGCACCUGUGUCUGAUAAGGGCUCUCCAGAUGUGGCACAUAAAACAUAUCCAAAGAAAGAGAAGAAAGUUGCAUUCAUGGAUACACUUGACAUUGCACCACCCGCUGCUCCGACCUCUCCUACACCAGUUAAGGAAUGCUGUGCAGAGCCACCCUCAGCUCCAGUUGUUCAAGACACUGUUGUGGAACAAACGCAAGUUAAGAGGGAAGAAACUAUGAAAGAUACCACAGCAUUGAAGAAGAAUUCCUGCUUCAAAACUGUGAGAAAAGCUGCGGAACCAAUCCAUUUUGAAUCUCCCACUGCGUGGCCAACCCCUGCUGCCUGCCCAUCAGCUCCCUCUACCAAUCAACCACUGCUCCCGCUGUUUCCCGCAAAGCCAUCAAAGCCAAACCAGGAUCCAAGUUCAAGGAGGUCUGCUCCUCCUUCUCAGUCACCCAAACCCUUGGCCGACAAACUUGUGGAGCGCACUAUUGCCCGUGAAAAUGCAGUUCCGCCAGAUACCUACGAACUAAAUGAGAAACUUCAUAAACAAGAAAUAGCUACUGAGUUUUACAAAAUCCGGAAUCGCAAGGUUCACCAGGAGGGUGGAUUUUUGUGCGAGGAUGAAGAAAACGAUGGUAUAACCCCAUUGGAUGAUGAAGGACAGCUGCCCAAGAAAGUCAGUCGAUUUAAGGCUGCGCGUAUGAAGUAA